UGCCGCCGGGAGUCGUGGACAGCGCGGAACUUCGGCACACGAGGAACUCAGGAGCGAGCCGAACUGCCGGGAGAGGGAAGGGGAAGGAAGGUCGCUCAGGAGAGAGCCGCUGCGGAGGAAUCCUGUUUUCUAGCGGCGGAGGGAUUUGGCCGCACGCUUACUUCCGGCGAACGUCGACCGGAGAGGGGGAAAAAAUUCUGAAGGAAACAAUAACAAACGCCAGAGGAAGCGGGGUCGGCCUGCGAGUGUGGAGCGGGUCUCUCUCGAGAAGAUGAGCUUCGGCCCCUGUCAGGGGACGUGAGCGCGACCGGCGGGGCCCCAGCCCAGCCCUUCUCCACCCGCCCCGCGGGCCCUGGUGCCGUCAUGGCGGGCGUGGGGCCGGGGGGCUACGCGGCGGAGUUCGUGCCGCCCCCAGAGUGCCCGGUGUUUGAGCCCAGCUGGGAGGAGUUCACAGAUCCGCUCAGCUUCAUCGGCCGCAUCCGGCCCAUGGCGGAGAAAACCGGCAUCUGCAAAAUACGACCUCCCAAGGAUUGGCAGCCUCCAUUUGCAUGUGAAGUCAAAAGCUUCCGUUUUACUCCCAGAGUCCAGCGCCUGAAUGAACUUGAGGCUAUGACCAGAGUGAGGUUGGACUUCUUGGAUCAACUAGCAAAAUUUUGGGAACUUCAGGGAUCUACUCUCAAGAUCCCUGUGGUGGAGAGAAAAAUUCUGGAUCUGUAUGCUUUGAGCAAGAUUGUUGCCAGCAAAGGUGGUUUUGAAAUGGUCACCAAAGAGAAGAAAUGGUCUAAAGUGGGUAGCCGCUUGGGAUAUCUGCCAGGAAAAGGAACUGGGUCCCUUUUGAAGUCGCAUUAUGAAAGAAUUCUCUACCCGUAUGAGCUUUUCCAGUCAGGGGUCAGCCUUAUGGGUGUACAGAUGCCUAAUUUAGACCUUAAGGAAACAGUGGAGCCUGAGGUUCUUAGCACUGAUGUCCAGACUUCGCCAGAACCGGGAACAAGAAUGAACAUUCUGCCGAAGAGAACAAGACGCGUCAAGUCUCAGUCGGAAUCUGGAGAAGUGAAUAGAAGUACGGAACUGAAGAAACUUCGGAUUUUUGGGGCUGGGCCUAAGGUUGUGGGCUUGGCAAUGGGAGUAAAAGAAAAGGAAGAUGAGGUCUCCCGAAGACGAAAAGUUACCAACAGGUCAGACGCAUUUAACAUGCAAAUGAGACAACGGAAAGGAACUCUCUCUGUUAACUUUGUUGAUCUCUAUGUUUGUAUGUUUUGUGGUCGGGGAAACAAUGAAGAUAAGCUGCUGCUGUGUGAUGGGUGUGAUGACAGCUACCAUACGUUCUGUUUAAUUCCCCCACUGCCCGAUGUGCCCAAGGGCGACUGGAGGUGUCCUAAGUGUGUGGCCGAGGAAUGUAAUAAACCUAGAGAAGCUUUUGGAUUUGAACAAGCCGUACGAGAGUAUACACUUCAGAGCUUUGGAGAGAUGGCAGAUAAUUUUAAGUCUGACUAUUUCAAUAUGCCAGUCCAUAUGGUCCCCACAGAACUGGUAGAGAAGGAAUUCUGGCGGCUGGUGAGCAGCAUUGAAGAAGACGUUAUUGUAGAGUAUGGCGCUGACAUCUCCUCAAAAGACUUCGGGAGCGGAUUUCCUGUAAAGGACGGCCGGAGAAAGAUGCUGCCGGAAGAAGAGGAAUAUGCGCUUUCUGGUUGGAACUUGAAUAACAUGCCUGUGCUAGAGCAGUCUGUUCUUGCACACAUCAACGUGGACAUCUCUGGCAUGAAGGUGCCGUGGCUCUAUGUGGGGAUGUGCUUCUCUUCCUUUUGCUGGCACAUUGAAGAUCACUGGAGCUAUUCCAUCAACUACCUGCACUGGGGAGAGCCAAAGACAUGGUAUGGUGUGCCGUCUCAUGCUGCAGAGCAGCUGGAGGAGGUGAUGAGGGAGCUGGCCCCUGAGCUGUUUGAGUCCCAGCCUGAUCUCCUGCAUCAGUUGGUCACCAUCAUGAACCCCAAUGUGUUGAUGGAGCAUGGGGUACCGGUGUACAGGACCAAUCAGUGUGCUGGAGAGUUUGUUGUGACGUUCCCUCGGGCCUAUCACUCUGGGUUUAACCAAGGCUACAACUUCGCUGAGGCGGUGAACUUCUGCACUGCUGACUGGUUGCCCAUUGGACGUCAGUGUGUGAGUCACUACCGCCGGCUGAGGCGCCAUUGUGUCUUCUCACAUGAGGAGCUCAUCUUCAAGAUGGCAGCAGAUCCAGAAUGCUUAGAUGUGGGGUUGGCUGCCAUGGUGUGCAAGGAGUUGACGCUCCUGACUGAGGAGGAGACACGGUUAAGAGAGUCUGUGGUGCAGAUGGGUGUCCUGAUGUCAGAGGAAGAGGUGUUUGAGCUUGUGCCUGAUGAUGAGCGACAGUGUUCGGCCUGCAGGACCACCUGCUUCCUCUCUGCUCUCACGUGCUCCUGUAAUCCUGAACGGCUCGUGUGUCUCUACCAUCCAACUGACCUGUGCCCCUGCCCCAUGCAGAAAAAAUGUCUUAGAUAUCGCUAUCCAUUGGAGGACCUCCCUUCUUUGCUCUAUGGUGUGAAGGUCAGGGCACAGUCCUAUGACACGUGGGUCAGUCGUGUUACAGAAGCAUUAUCUGCCAACUUCAACCACAAGAAAGAUUUGAUUGAGUUACGAGUAAUGCUGGAGGAUGCUGAGGAUAGGAAAUACCCAGAGAAUGAUCUCUUUCGGAAACUCAGGGAUGCUGUAAAAGAAGCUGAAACGUGUGCUUCUGUGGCUCAGCUGCUUCUGAGCAAAAAGCAGAAACACAGGCAGAGCCCAGAUGGUGGGAGGACGCGGACCAAGCUGACAGUGGAAGAGUUGAAGGCCUUUGUCCAGCAGCUCUUCAGUCUCCCGUGUGUCAUCAGCCAAGCUCGACAAGUCAAGAAUCUGCUUGAUGAUGUGGAGGAGUUUCACGAGCGUGCUCAGGAGGCCAUGAUGGACGAGACCCCAGACUCGUCCAAACUCCAGAUGUUGAUUGAUCUGGGCUCUAGUCUGUAUGUGGAGCUCCCGGAGUUAGCUCGACUAAAGCAAGAGCUGCAACAGGCUCGCUGGUUGGAUGAAGUAAGACUGACGCUGUCGGACCCACAGCAGGUCACCUUGGAUGUCAUGAAGAAGUUGAUAGACUCUGGGGUCGGCUUGGCACCCCAUCAUGCUGUGGAGAAAGCAAUGGCCGAGCUUCAGGAGCUCCUCACAGUCUCUGAGCGGUGGGAAGAGAAGGCCAAGGUCUGCCUACAGGCAAGACCUCGGCACAGUGUGGCGAGUUUAGAAAGCAUCGUGAAUGAAGCUAAGAGCAUUCCAGCCUUUCUGCCCAAUGUGUUGUCACUAAAAGAAGCCUUACAGAAGGCCCGAGAAUGGACGACUAAAGUGGAAGCUAUUCAGAGUGGCAGCAAUUAUGCUUACUUGGAGCAGCUGGAGAGCUUAUCUGCUAAAGGCCGUCCUAUCCCCGUGCGUCUUGAUGCACUGCCCCAGGUGGAGUCUCAAGUGGCAGCAGCUCGGGCCUGGAGAGAACGGACAGGGAGGACCUUUCUCAAGAAGAAUUCCAGCCACACACUGCUACAGGUGCUUAGUCCCCGGACUGACAUUGGUAUUUAUGGGAGUGGAAAAAAUAGAAGGAAAAAAGUAAAAGAACUGAUAGAAAAGGAAAAAGAAAAGGAUCUGGACCUUGAGCCUCUGAGUGAUCUGGAGGAGGGACUGGAGGAAACCAGGGAUACAGCCACAGUGGUGGCAGUUUUCAAAGAGCGGGAGCAGAAGGAGCUGGAAGCCAUGCAUUCCCUCAGGGCAGCCAACCUCGCCAAGAUGAGCAUGGUGGACCGCAUAGAGGAUGUCAAGUUUUGCAUUUGCCGCAAGACAGCAAGUGGGUUUAUGCUCCAGUGUGAGCUCUGCAAAGACUGGUUUCACAACAGCUGUGUUCCUCUUCCUAAGUCAAGUUCCCAGAAGAAGGGGUCCAGCUGGCAGGCUAAGGAAGUAAAAUUCCUUUGUCCUCUCUGCAUGCGGUCUCGAAGGCCGCGGCUGGAGACGAUUCUGUCCCUCCUGGUGUCCCUUCAGAAGUUGCCGGUGCGGCUGCCUGAGGGAGAGGCCCUUCAGUGUUUGACGGAACGUGCCAUGAGCUGGCAGGACAGGGCCCGGCAAGCCCUGGCAACGGACGAGCUGUCCUCUGCCCUGGCCAAGCUGUCCGUGUUGAGCCAGCGGAUGGUGGAGCAGGCAGCUCGGGAGAAAACUGAGAAGAUCAUCAGUGCAGAACUCCAGAAAGCCGCAGCCAACCCAGACUUGCAGGGACACUUGCCUAGUUUCCAGCAGUCUGCUUUCAACCGGGUGGCGAGCAGUGUGUCUUCUUCCCCUCGACAAACAGCGGACUAUGACGAUGAAGAGACAGAUUCUGAUGAAGACAUUCGGGAGACCUAUGGCUAUGAUAUGAAGGACACAGCCAGCGUGAAGUCCUCCAGCAGCCUGGAGCCCAACCUCUUCUGUGAUGAAGAGAUCCCCAUCAAGUCUGAGGAGGUGGUCACGCACAUGUGGACAGCACCCUCUUUCUGCGCAGAGCACGCAUACUCGUCCGCUUCUAAGAGCUGCCCUCAAGGUUCUAGCACCCCACGGAAACAGCCUCGGAAGAGCCCUUUGGUGCCCCGGAGCUUGGAGCCUCCAGUGCUAGAGUUGUCGCCAGGAGCUAAAGCUCAGCUGGAGGAGCUGAUGAUGGUGGGAGAUCUCCUGGAGGUGUCCCUGGACGAGACUCAGCACAUAUGGCGGAUUUUGCAGGCCACACACCCACCCUCUGAAGAUAGAUUCCUGCACAUCAUGGAGGAUGACAGCAUGGAAGAGAAACCAUUAAAAAUAAAAGGAAAGGAUUCUUCUGAGAAGAAACGAAAACGGAAGCUAGAAAAAGUAGAGCAGCUUUUUGGUGAAGGAAAGCAGAAGUCCAAGGAACUAAAGAAAAUGGAUAAACCUAAAAAGAAGAAGUUAAAAUUAAGUGCAGAAAAAUCAAAGGAGCUGAACAAACUGGCCAAGAAGCUAGCGAAAGAAGAAGAGAGGAAGAAAAAGAAGGAGAAGGCCGCCGCAGCCAAAGUUGAACUUGUGAAAGAGAGCACCGAGAAGAAGAGAGAGAAGAAGGUGCUGGACAUUCCCUCCAAGUACGACUGGUCUGGAGCAGAGGAGUCGGACGAUGAGAACGCCGUGUGCGCUGCACAGAACUGCCAGAGGCCCUGCAAGGACAAGGUGGACUGGGUGCAGUGUGAUGGUGGCUGCGAUGAGUGGUUUCACCAAGUUUGUGUGGGGGUCUCUCCAGAAAUGGCGGAAAGUGAAGAUUACAUCUGUACAAACUGUGCAAAGAAGCAGGGGCCAGACAGCCCAGGGCCAGCACCGCCCCCUUCCUUCAUAAUGAGCUACAAGCUACCAGUGGAGGACCUUAAAGAGACCAGUUAGCAGACGCUGGGUUGGUUUGGGACACAGGGGAAAACGGACCACACUGAGACCGUAGUCAUCGAGUAAAGUGGUUUAGGUCCACUGGGAAUGUUGCUUCCAAAGAUGAACGGCCUUCUGGGAAAGUCCUCUCAGCCGACUUCCUCUGCGCAUGGACAUGGGACCGGCGUUCUCUGUCUGCACUCCUGUGCCGAGGGUGUCUGCCUUGGUCCAGCAGCUGGGGUUUCAGUUCAUGUCUCCUCUGAGGUCCUUUGUCACAUUAAGGCCAGACACUGGAGCUCUAGGGUGGCAGGUUGGCAUCGUUGCGUUGGUGUGCUCAUGGGGCUUGCAAGGGUGUGUUUUAGGGCCAGUCGAUACUAGUUAGAGGUUCGCGGCCAGCACUGUUGGGAGGUGCUGACUGCUUGGAUCUCCUUAGUUAGGGCAGUGGGAGGAGUCAGAGGACCAGCUUCCUUCCAUUCUGACCUGCAUUUGACGCCUGGCAGGUCCAGCUCGGAGAGGACCAGGACGAACGUAGUCCUAUUAGAGGCCGUGGGAGGGGAGCCCGGCCUGUAGACCUCCGCUCCGUGUGCUUGUGUGUACCAAGAGGAAAACCCCAAGUGAGGGGCAGAUCACCCCAUCUUCCUAAGGAGGAGAGUAGCAUCCAGUUCAGAAAUCUGACUAGAUUGGAUUCUGGGAAGAAGAGAGGUUUUAUUUUAAGGCAGGCAGCCUUUUUUUGGCUUUGAGAAGUCUUGUUGCCUUGGGUCUGCAUUUAGAAAAGAGCAGGUAUGUGGAUCCAGGCUUCUUCAGUAGCAGAGACAAUGAGUCAGAAUGUUUCACUGAGCCAGCGAUGCAUGCUUUUCGGGGAAACCUUGACAAGUGAACCAGGUGCCACCAGGCUUCAGGCAUGGCCACCAGCAAAACCAGCAAAACAGCUUUUUGCCUUGCAGCCCUGCCCCUCUGUCUGGUUCCAGGACUGGCAGUUGCUGACUGAGGCCGGCCACGGGCGCUGCCCCGCAGCCCCAUGGCUUCCUCCAAGGAGUUGGGCAUAGAGUACCUCUGGUGACGAAGUUGUUUUAGUAAACCCAUUUUUAAAAAAAGAAAAAAGGACUUGUUUUUACUUUUUUCUAAAUGUCUCUGACUACUGACUGUUCUAUAAAUAGAUUAUUUUUCCUUUUUUAAUAUACAUAUAUGAAUAUAUAAAUAUAUAUAUAUUUACCGUUACCAGCAGCUUGUGACGGAGUCUCAGCAUCAGAAAUCCAUUUGGGGGCUUGCUUUCUCUUCUUGCUUUUUAUAAAGGAGUCCCACUCCUUCCUUGUAGUACAAGGAGUUAGCACUUCGAUCUCCAGCCUCACCUAACCAGAUCGUCCAUCUUGUUUUUGUCCAAAUAGAUAAUUCUGUUUCCUUUGUGUGUUGGGACUCGUCCCUGUCUGUGGGGAAUCCUGAUCGUGCUGUAUCUGCAAUGGUGGUUCUGUUUGGUUCUGUUCUGUUCUGUUUGUGAAAGUUUGAAAUGACGGUGCUGUGUCGUCCUCCUUCCUGUUGUGUUCUGUCCUCGUGGAGGUGUUAGGUAAGCUCUUAUUAGAAGGGGACUCUUUUUCUUUUUUUAAGGACAAAAAAGACCCACCAAACAAGCUAAAAACGGUGUUUCGUCUUCAGUAUCCUGUGUCCCUUUAUUUUGAGUUGAAAAUGUGUGGUUUGGCUUAUAAAUUCAUCAGUUUUCCUUUUAAAGAAGGGAGGAGAAAGAUGGGCCCAGAGAACAGCUAAAACUCUUGUCCUCCCUUUUUAAAGAAAUGUCUUCUAGUAACUAGAAGCGAAAUGUACUGUCGAGUCACAGUUUGAGUGGGUAUGAGAUUUAACUCAAAAGACCUCUUCCUAAAAAAAAACCCUUUCCUGUAAAAUCCAGUUUCUGGACAUGGUUUCUCUGUAGUUCAUAUUACCAGUCUUUUUGUCCCUCUUCCCCUGGUAUCAUAAAAUCUUGAGUGUUAAGAAGUUCAUCAGUGUUGAUGUGCAUGGGUCUUAAUGUUUCAUCUCAAGUGUAUGUAUGAUUUUCAGUGGAAAUUGCAAGGUAACUAUUUUCAUAAGUUUUCAUUUUGCUAAUGUACAUAAAGGUAUUAUUACUUAGUUAAGAAUUUCAUCCGGUUAUAUUAUAAAAGAAAGCACAAUUUUUUUUUUUUUUCCUUUUGGUCUUCUCUGUAAAAGCCUUCAGACACUUGUGGGUAAAAAAUUAAUUGCAGUCUUCAGUGAUGGCUGCCUGGAACACACUUUAAAAUACCUUCUUUUCCCUUCAGUUGUCAGCAGAGGGACAUGAGGAUGCUAAGAAAGAUGGCUCAGGGGCUCUGCUUCUUGGUGAGUGGUAGAUGGGGAGAGAGGGCUGUUUAGGAAAUGAUUUACGUCCACAAUAGGGCAUUUGCCUGCAUGUUUGACCUGAGAAAGUUGCAAGUCUAUCUCCCAACCAUGAAUAGCUUCCUGUUCAUCUUCAGACAUUUUGAAGCCUAAAUAUAUCCUUUAAUUGAUACUGUGGGAUUUUCUGUAUUGAAAGUCACAGGGAUUUACUCUCACUUUUGACCAUUUAGACUGAGGAUGAGAACAGAUGAGUGAAAUUAGUUUAAAGAAGAAGAAAAAUACAUAAAAUGUGUAAUUUUGCAAUUAGUGGACUAAGAUUCAUCUGUUUAAAGAAAUGCUGAUACUCUAGUAUAAAAUUUCACUUAGAGGAAGUUACAUACUUACAGCUUAAACCCAUUCUGCAGUGGUGUAGCUUGUCAAAUUAAAAUUUGAUUUAAAAUGUUUCUUCACCCUUCCUGUCUCCUCCAAGUCCCAAUUCUUCCCCACUGAUACUUUAACUUUCUUGUUGUAAUAAUUCUUUCAAAGGCAUUUCUCACUAUGUUCACUAUAAAGCAUUUUGGCGAAGGUUAUAGAAGGGAAGAUGAAAAUCGGUAGGCCAAGAGUAGGUCCACACCUCUCCCGUGGUCCCUCUGGCUGGUGUUGGCCUCACUGCCUGCAGUGACCACAGCAGAGCCACAUGGAGGCACUGGGCCAGGACCUUGCCAGGCAGCCAGUCCCCAGCUCUCUCUGACUCAGACGUGGGCUUCGUGGAGUGACAGUGGCUGCAUGUCCUGCUUUGGAUAAUUGAAAUGUCAAACGUGAAACCUGUGGUUGCCCAUGACGUACUUUAAUGAUCAAAACGCCAGUGAGGGCUGACCCAUGAGCCAGGAACAAUUUCACCUGUGCUUUUCUUUACCUUUAUCUUCAACAUGUGUCUGAGAAAUAAUGUUUGUUUUUCUUAAUUUUUAAAUUCUGAUGCAGUUCCGUAGCUGUAGGAGAAACUCCCUACUGGUCGAUACCUGGAUUCUGUAGUACGUUUAUGUGAGAACCAGCCAGUGCUUUUACGUGGCAGGGUGAGGGAAAACUGCGAAAGCCCUUCUUUCAAAGGAUGGAUGAGCCACUCGAAGGAGAAGGUGGAAAAUUGAAGUGGAACUUGAAAAUUGUGGAAAAACAAAGGUGAAGUCCCACAAGUAGCAGGGUUCAGUAAAGGUUUACAUAUGAACUAGCUUCAUAUGUGUGUAAAAAGUUGCUUUUGCAGUAGUAUAAAUUUUUAAAAACAGGCAUUUGGUUUGCUUUUUGCCUUUUGAAAUCCCCCACUUUUUUUUUUUUUCCCCCAAAAUAAUCAAAGCUUAUUUUUACUUUGGAUAUGGGUGUGCCGUGGCAGUUAGCAUUUACCACAGGAGAAGGGAAGUGGAUAUUAGUGUAUCUGGGGUUGGCGUCUUCUCUCAGCCUGGACCGUAUCCAGUCACCACUAUGCAACGACCGAACGACGUGCACUGGAAAAGGAUGUGACAGGUGUUCACAGCCACACCCUGCUCAGUCUUACUCUUGCAAUACUCCAAGAUGUCCAAACAGGAAUGUCUUUUGUAAACCUCAAGACCUAUUGACUAUCCCCUUACAUAUUUAUUUACCUGUUAGUGAGACACUUAAAUAUAAUAUGGACUCUAAUUUACCAGGGUUUUUGGUGGUGCCUUAUGAAAAGUACAACUUGAUUUCUUGUUUUCUGAGCAUGUUUUGCAUUUAUUUUUGUUUUCUGGAAAAAAAUAUUAGAUACGGUUAUUUGCAUUACAUCUAAAAAAAUAAAGCUUUGUGUGUGAACUCA